AUGAAUCAAUUACAUCUCAUCAUAAUUCUUAGCUUGUUCUUCCAUGUCAAAGCCCAAAUCACUUCUGAUUCGGAUACAGGUAUCCUCAAACCUCUCCAUCCAAGCCUUGCAGUAGUCCUUGGGAUCAUCUCGAUCAUGCUGUCGAUAACGUUUCUUAUACUUGCCUACGCAAAAUACUGCAGGAUAAACCAAAAUAAUUUCUUAGGCAGUAAUCCCGGCCAUCACCAAAAUGUUCAUGGACUUAUUCGAUCACGGUCUAAAUUUUCAGGGAUCGAUGAAGAAAUGAUUAACUCCCUGCCUUUUUUCAGGUUUUCUUCACUCAAAGGCUCAAAAGAAGGCCUGGAAUGUGCAGUUUGCAUAUCAAAAUUUGAGGAUUCUGAGGUCCUCAGACUGUUGCCUAAGUGCAUGCAUGCAUUUCACAAGAAUUGCAUCGACCAAUGGCUAACAAGUCACUCUAGCUGUCCUCUUUGCAGAUACAAGUUAGAUCCGAUGGAUCUCAAGACCUUCUCUUGCUCAAAAAGUUGGAGAUACUUGCGAAAUCCUUCAGAUCUAACAGAGGAUCCUAAUCUUGAGAUCUUUGUUGAAAGAGAGCAAGAUCAUCAAGGUUCAUUAUGGUUUAACCCUAGAAGCAGCAUCCAAAUUAGCAAUCACAAAGACAGAAAGGAAGAGUUGCUGAUUAUAGCAGGUAGAAAUGCUGACGAUAACAGGAAACUCUUGCAUAAAUUCAAGCACAAGAUCAUUAUUUCGGAUGUUCUUAUCAAGAAUCGAUGGAGCGAUGUUAAUUCUUCAGAUUUUUUGUCCUUGAACACUGAGAUGCUUAGAGUCAUGUCAAGCAACAGAUUUUCUCCUUUGAAAUCAAGUAGUAUAAGAUUCUACAAUGGCUUGUCCAGGAAUGAAAAUUUUGAAAAUAUAAAGGAGGAUAUAGAAAGGAAGAGAUUGUUCGAAUCCAAGUUUACUACAGUCGACAGAAGUAAUUCUGUUUCAAGUUCAAGAUUAAACUCAUCAAAAAUUAUUAAUUCUGCAUCGAAGAGAUCAAUGUCUGAGAUCACGAUUUUUUCAAGGUUCAGACAGCUAAGUGUGAGGAACAAAACAAAAGAAUCUACAUCCCCUGGGAAUGGUGCAACAGAUGAGAGAAUCAGAAAGCUUUGGCUGCCAAUAGCACGGCGAACAAUACAAUGGUUUGCCGGUCAAGAAAGAAACAUACAACAAUUAGAGAACCAAAGACAAUAA